GGCGGCUGGAAAGCAAGGCCGCUCGGACCCGCGAAGCAGUAUGCGUAUCCCUCGCAAGCUGCUCUCUAAUCAUUCCCCAUCCUUGAUUAGGCCUCGAGGUCCCACCUUCCCGCCAACCCCGUUGUAUCAAAGGCACGGCGCUACCCCAGCGCUGGAACGGCACUGGCACGGCACUGGAACUAGCUACUCUAGGCUGGCGGAGGUUACAGCAAGAAUUUCGAUCGGUAUGCGGCGCUUCUCG